ACGCGAGUCCACGAAAUGGCGUCCGCAGCAGAUUAUAACAGUUAUGGACAAGCUGGAGGCCAGCAAGGGUAUGGCUCCUAUGCUGCCCAGCCUGCUCAGGCCUAUCAGCAAGGUACCCAGCAGUCAUAUGGUCAGCAACAAGGUUACAGCUCCUACACACAGCCUGCUGAUUCAGCUUAUUCCCAGAGCAGCAGCUCUUCUGGAGGGUACAGCCAGCAGGCUUAUGGGUCUUCAUACGGGCAACAACCACCAGCCAGCGGAGGAUAUAACGCUACUCCGGCUGCCCCUCAGGGCUACUCCCAGCCUGUCCAGGGUUAUGGAGGCAGCAGUUAUGAUGCAUCCUCUGCUUCCUCCAGCACCAAUCAGGCCUCAUAUGGUGGCCAGGCUGCGUACGGAUCCCAGCCUGCUUACACCGGUUAUGGACAACAGGCCACUGCUUCUUCAGUUCCUCCCAGUUACAGCUCUGGCAGUCAGCAGACUCCAGGAUACGAACAAAACUCUUAUUCCCAGCAACAGCAGGGCGGCUAUCAGAGCCAGCAGGGUGGCUAUGGGCAGCAGAGCUCCUACAGCCAGCAGGGCGGAUACCAGCAGCAGGCGCCGCCCCCGCAGCAACCUCCACCUUCCAGCUACCCGCCACCCUCAGGGUCAUACGGCCAGCCGCCUGCCAGUCAGUACGGGCAGCAAGGCAGCAGUGGAGGUGCUUAUGGACAAAACAACUACAAACCACCCAGUCAAUAUGGUAAUUACAGGCCGGACCACCAGAACAGCAGUUACUCCGAAUCCGGUGGUUAUGGCGGUGGAAUGGGAGGGGGGGAGAACCGCGGGCGUGGCAGAGGGGGGUUCGACCGGGGCAUGAUGAGAGGAGGAAUGCGUGGGGGAAUGAACCGUGGAGGCAUGGGCAUCACUGGAGACAGAGGUGGCUUCAUUAAGCCUGGUGGACCAGAUGCAGACAUGGGUCGCCCAGAGGAGCAGGAUGACUCUGAGAACAGCACCAUUUACAUCACAGGCCUAACUGAAAACGCAGCAAUGGAUGAAGUGGCUGAGUUCUUCAAGCAGAGCGGCAUCAUCAGGAUUAAUAAACGUACUGGUCUCCCCGCUAUAAACAUCUAUACAGACAAGGACACGGGCAAACCGAAGGGCGACGCCACCCUGUCCUAUGAGGAUCCGCCGGCCGCCAAGGCAGCAGUGGAAUGGUUCGACGGUAAGGACUUCCAGGGUAAAAAGCUGAAGGUGUCUAUGGCCCGGCGGAAGCCCAUGAUGAUGAGGGGUGGAAUGCUGAUGAGGGGAGAUCGUGGUGGGAUGAUGGGAAGAGGAGGGAUGAUGAGUCGAGGUGGGAUGGGCCGUGGUGGCGAGCGCGGAGGUUUCAUUCCUCGAGGUGGACCUAGAGGAAUGGGCCGAGGGGCACCAACUGGUGGAAACAUGCAACAGAGAGCUGGAGACUGGCAGUGUCCUAAUGCUGGAUGUGGAAACCAGAACUUUGCCUGGAGGAUGGAGUGUAACCAGUGUAAGGCACCCAAACCCGAAGGUUUCGGUCCGCCUCCUUUCCCUCCAGGUGGUGAUCGCGGCCGUGGAGGUCCUGGUGGCAUGCGUGGUGGUCGUGGCAUGGACAGGGGUGCACCAGGAGGCCCCGGAGGUCCAGGAGGAUUCCGUGGGGGCAGAGGUGGAGACCGCGGCGGUGGAUUUCGAGGUGGAAGGGGCAUGGACAGGGGUGGAUUUGGCGGAAGGGGUCGAGGUGGGCCGCCAAUGGAUGACAUGCGUGGAAGGGGCCGGGGGAUGGGGCCACCAGGAAAGAUGGACUUGAAGGGAGAUCAUCGCCAGGAUCGGCGCGAGAGACCAUACUAAACCCACCCACUACGGUUUUCAUUCAGAUUUUAAACUCGUAAUUCCAUAUUUAUAAUGGUUAGUGUUAGAUUUGACCGGUAGUUCUUUAUAUUUUAUUUUUUUAGAUUUUGUUCGUUUUAGUUUCUUCUCUUUGUGCUUUGUAUUUUUCGCUCACAAAUCCCGAUGCCAUGCAUGCUGUUACGUGUGCAGACCGAGUCUGUGCAAAAUGUUUAAUUGUGGAACAAGCUUAAUAUUUUUUUUUUUUUUUUUUUUUUAAGCUGACACCCUGUUUUUCUUUUGCCCACCCUGUUCCUGUGUAAACUGAAUUAAAAACAAAAGACCCUGUGAUGAUUUUGAUGUAAUGGCUCACUGUAUGAUUACUUGUAGACAGUAUGUGUUGACCACAUCAGUGCACAUCAGUUUUGUGAACCAUCAGUACCAUUUAAUUUUGUCCUAGUCAUUAUUUAAUUGAAUAUGGUGUAUAAAAUGGGUGUAUACUCAGUUGGACUUCAGUCUGCAGGAGUGGACUUAAUGACACCGGUGCUAGUCUCAGCUAAAUUUCCCUUCAGUCUUCAGACCACCAGAAGGGGUCUAAAAUAAUGUAAAUCAAUGGGCCUCAUUUAUCAAUCUGGAUGUAAAUAAAUGUACUGCAUGUGCAGGUUGUGUAAGUAUUUCUGAAAAUCUCAAUCUCUGAAAAAAACCUUUGUAUUCCCAGUGUGUAAAAGUAAGACUUUAAAGACUUUGAAUAAUUUGUUUGAGUUGCUGCAUUUGUUUUUAAUUGUUUGAUUUAGCAGAAAUCCUUAUCCAACUUAUAGAAGUGCUUUAAAGUCUGUCCACGAUACAUCCUCAUGCUGCUUCACUGGGUCAAGGAAUUGGAUUACCCUUGAGAAUUAUUUUGUGGAAAACGAGUUCAUUUGAAUUAUUGAUGUUAACGAAAGAAUAGCAAAAAAAUUUAGUUAAAACUAACCGUUCAGUCAUGACUAUAUAGAUGUUUUUAUAUAGUCAGACUGUAUAAAGCUCUAAGCUGUAUACAGACACCUCUGUUGGUGUUGCUUUUUUUUUUUUCUUUUUUUUUAUAUAUAAAUAUACAUUAAAAAGAUUUGGGCUAUGAAGUAAAAUAGCUUUCAUUGUUAAUUUCACUCUCCUGGAGUUUUGUAGGUGUUGCUCAAGGCAAAUGAGCUGUGUCAGGAAUGCACUUUGUAAUAUAUUGGAUUUUCAACAUACCUACACCAGAAAUUACUUUCCCAAACUUGGGGUGGAAAUGAUUUUGUUCUUUGAGGUUUGCAAACAUUCACUGUCAAGUUGAAAGUUAUGAAUGAGGCCCAUUGAUAUUUUAACAUUGAUGAAAGAAGAUUCCAGUGUCGGUGCCUGUCUUACAUUCAACACAACAUCUUGAUGUUUGGUGGUAUUAAAGCUGACAAAAGGAUAGUGGUGGGUCAAGUACAUCAUUCCUGUAAUUAAGUAAAAGUCCACUGAUUACAUCUCACUUCAGUAUUCCUUUUAUGUUACAUAUUUAGUUGAGUAUUGGUUACUUUUGAAUCAGUUUUUGACUCCCAUCAAUCGAGUAUAAAUGUACUGAUCAAUGAGAUCUGUAGGUGAUUAAUGGAUUGAGGGCAGUGUUUCAUUCUCUUACAUGUCAAACCUGUAUUAGGAGAGAGUUUUCUAUAGUUACAGACACACCUGAACUGUGGACUGUUGUGGUCUCUCCAGGGCUUGUCAAUAAACGUUCCAUAUAUUUGCUUCAAAAUAGCAAAGAACCACGUGUUUUUGUGAAAUGUAGUGGAGUAAAAUGUUACACGUUCAGAUGUCACAAAGCAAGUUUUCCAGAUUAAAAAUAAUCUAUCAGUUGUUUAGUAAAUGAAAAAUGGGAUUAUUGGCAAAUUGCUGUGGUGUAAUGGUAAUAAAACACCAUUUUAUGUGUGAAUUCCUUCA